AGGGUUGUUGAGAGGAUGAAAUGGGGAACUGAGGAUGAAACGCAGAGGAGGAGCACCGUGCACACCACCUUGAGGUCCUUGGAGGGUAAAGGUGAUCAGGGAGCAGAAAAACAUGAAGCAGCAGGCACAUCAUCUGGGAUUACUGAUCAAGAGAAGGAGCUCUCAAACAGUGCUCUGCAAGCAUUCAUGGCUGGCAACUAUGAAUCUUGUCUGCAACACCUUAGCUGCUUGCAAGAAAUUAACAAGGAUGAUUACAAAAUAGUUUUGAACAUGGCAGUAGCAGAGUUCUGUAAAAGUAAUCAGACGACAACUGACAACUUGAAACAAACACUUAAUCAGCUGAAAAACCAGGUUCAUUCAGCUGUUGAGGAAAUGGAUGGAUUAGAUGAUGUUGAAAACAGCAUGCUUUACUACAAUCAGGCUGUUAUUUUGUACCAUCUUCGGCAGUAUACUGAAGCAAUAAUAGUUGGAGAGAAGCUUUAUCAAUUCAUAGAACCUUUUGAGGAGAGAUUUGCCCAGGCAGUGUGCUUCCUGCUUGUUGACUUGUACCUGCUGACUUGCCAAGCUGAAAAAGCCUUGCAUCUGCUUGCUGUAUUGGAAAAAAUGAUUUUACAAGGCGGCAACAACAAAAAUGGGAAAAAUGAGACAGGUAAUAACACUAGUAAGGACGCUUCCAAUCACAAAGCUGAAAGUGGAAUGCUGACAGAAGCUGCUAAGUCUAAAAUACAUCAGUAUAAGGUGCGAGCCUAUAUUCAGAUGAAGUCUCUGAAAGCAUGCAAGAGGGAGAUAAAGUCCGUUAUGAACACAGCUGGAAAUUCUGCUCCUUCUCUCUUUCUGAAAAGCAAUUUUGAGUAUUUAAGAGGCAAUUAUCGGAAAGCAGUCAAGCUGCUGAACAGCUCAAACAUCGCAGAACAUCCGGGAUUUAUGAAAACAGGUGAAUGCUUACGGUGCAUGUUCUGGAAUAACCUUGGGUGCAUCCAUUUUGCUAUGGGGAAACACAACUUGGGAAUUUUCUAUUUCAAAAAGGCUUUGCAGGAGAAUGACAAUGCCUGUGCACAGCUUGGAACAGGUGGCUCUGACACAGGUAAAAAGUUCUCAGGACGACCAAUGUGCACCUUGUUGACUAACAAGCGUUAUGAGUUGCUGUAUAACUGCGGCAUUCAGCUCUUGCACAUUGGGAGACCGCUAGCUGCUUUUGAAUGCCUGAUAGAAGCCGUCCAAGUUUAUCAUUCGAACCCUCGUCUCUGGUUGAGGAUAGCCGAAUGCUGUAUAGCUGCCAAUAAAGGAAGUUCAGAACAAGAAACAAAAGGACUUCCAAGCAAAAAGGGCAUCGUACAGUCCAUUGUAGGUCAAGGAUAUCAUCGUAAAAUAGUAUUGGCAUCCCAGUCUGUACAGAACAUUGUUUAUAAUGAUGGCCAGUCUUCAGCUAUUCCUGUAGCUAGUAUGGAGUUUGCAGCAAUUUGUCUAAGAAAUGCCUUGCUGCUGCUUCCUGAAGACCAGCAGGAGCCAAAGCAGGAAAAUGGAUCUAAAAUUGGCAACCAGUUGGGAGGGAAUAAUGAGAACAGCGAGAACAAUGAAGCUUGCAGUAGCAAAAGCCACGAAGGAGACAAAUUUGUUCCUGCUCCACCAUCUUCUCCACUGAAGAAGCAAGAACUAGAAAAUUUAAGGUGUUCAAUACUUGCUUGCAGUGCUUAUGUGGCCCUGGCCCUGGGGGACAACCUUAUGGCUUUGAAUCAUGCAGACAAGCUUCUUCAGCAGCCCAAACUGUCUGGAUCACUUAAGUUCCUUGGCCAUUUGUAUGCUGCAGAGGCUCUCAUCUCUCUAGACAGAAUCUCUGAUGCCAUUACUCACUUGAACCCGGAGAAUGUCACUGAUGUGUCCCUGGGGAUUUCUUCAAACGAGCAGGAUCAAGGAUCUGAGAAAGGAGAAAAUGAAGCAAUGGAAUCCUCUGGCAAGCAAACCCCACAAUGUUACCCCAGUUCUGUCACAUCUGCACGGACCAUGAUGCUGUUCAACCUUGGAAGCGCCUACUGCUUGAGAAGCGAGUAUGACAAAGCACGGAAGUGUCUGCACCAGGCUGCCUCACUGAUUCAUCCGAAAGAGAUCCCACCCGAGGCCAUCUUGCUGGCUGUGUACCUUGAACUUCAGAAUGGAAACACACAGCUGGCACUGCAGAUCAUCAAAAGAAACCAGCUUCUUCCUACAGUGAAAAUGCUCUCUGAGAUGCGGAAGAAGCCUGUGUUUCAGCCGACACACCUGGUCCAGCCUAUUCAGAUGCCUGCAUUCAGCUCUGCUCAGAGGAAGUGAAGAAGCCGUGGUGAAAAUUGACCCUUUGAGGGACCACAUGGUCCAUUUUGUACUUAUAUAUAUAUAUAAACCUUUGUGGUACCUGCAUAUGAUGUACUGAAGUGUGUUGGUUUGAAUUUUUUAAUUAAAACAAACAAAAAAA